AACCUGCACUUAAUUGCAUUAAUUUGUCCGUUUUGUCAAUCUUGGAUCAAUGACCAAUAGCAUCCUCGUGAGGAUGAGCUGAGGCUGAGGGGUUGAUAAAUCUACCCCCCAUCUCACCUCCCACCUCCUCCGACGUUAGUACACGGCUACAGAAGAAGAAGAAGAAGAAGAAAAAGAAGACGAAGACGAAGAAGAAGAAAAAGAAGAAGAAGAAGAAGAAGAAGAAGAGGAAGAAGGGAGGGGGGGCUCAUCCCAGCUUCCUGAGGGGAGGUAAUUUGCACGGAUCAAGGGGCCAGGCGUUGCAAAGUAUAAAUAGUGUGACUUCAAUCGCGGCUCAGCGAGCAGCAGGUCUGUAACUCCCCGUGACGAGACUAGGAACCGGCCCAGAUACACGAGCUGUCGAGCAGUGCGCGAGCUCCGAGAGUUGGCAACCCGCAUCAGCUCAAGACAAGAAAUAAUCAGAGAGAGUGAGAAUAAGCGUCACUGAUGUCUUAUCUUAGACUGUUGAAAAACUGAGCUUGACAAAGUGAGAAGAGAAGAGAAGAGAAGAGAAGAGAAGAGAAGAGAAGAGAAGAGAAGAGAAGAGAAGACUGGCGGGGUUUAUUUUUCCUUCUUCUUCUUGGGACCAGUGAUGGAAGAACUCACCGCUUUCGUGUCUAAAUCCUUUGAUCAGAAAGUGAAAGAGAAGAAAGAGGCGAUCACGUACCGGGAAGUGCUGGAGACGGGCUCGGCGAGAGCCAGGGAAGCGCUCCCGGUUGAAGCAGGACGCGAGGACUCGAGCAUUCUAGCGCGUGGAGCCGUUGCGCGCUCACCGGUCAGAGAAGCGGACAUGACUGGGCCGGAGAGAACGAGGGACACGGGGAGUCCCAAACUUACAGACGGCAUCCUGGACGUGAAAGAACGAAAAGAGGACGCCAAGCCGAUCGAGGACGAGACACAGACCAAAAUCAAGCAGAGGAGAAGUCGGACUAACUUUACUCUGGAGCAGCUGAACGAGCUGGAGAGGCUGUUCGACGAGACGCACUAUCCGGACGCAUUCAUGCGCGAGGAGCUGAGUCAGCGGCUCGGGCUGUCUGAAGCGCGUGUGCAGGUUUGGUUUCAAAACAGAAGAGCCAAAUGCAGAAAACAGGAAAAUCAGUUACACAAAGGGGUGCUCAUCGGAGCUGCGAGUCAGUUUGAAGCGUGCCGCGUCGCGCCAUAUGUCAACGUGGGAGCUUUGCGCAUGCCAUUCCAACAGGUGCAGGCGCAGCUACAGCUGGACAGCGCCGUGGCCCACGCGCAUCAUCACCUGCACUCACACCUGGCGGCGCAUGCGCCCUACAUGAUGUUCCCUGCGCCGCCGUUCGGCUUGCCCUUGGCCACGUUGGCGGCGGAAUCUGCUUCAGCGGCGUCGGUGGUGGCCGCAGCGGCCGCCGCUAAGAACAGCAACAAGAACUCGAGCAUCGCGGACCUGAGACUGAAGGCCAAAAAACACGCGGCGGCGCUCGGGCUGUGACACGUCGGCUCACGUGCAGAAUACCAGGACAUUAUUUAUACGCGCUUAUGAAGGACACUCCAGAAUAAAGACUUAUUUAUGACAUGAACAACACAAACUGUGAAAUCGAACUGAAGCCUGUCACGGACGCAGGUUGCAACCAGGACGGACCGGAAGGGGAAACAUUUGUCCGAGACAAAACUCAUUCUGUCCAAAACAAAAAUAUGUGAUAACGCAGCUGGGACUCUUGUGUGACAAAGCGAACACUUUCUGCGUAAUGUGCUGUUUUAAUAUCUACGUUAUUGGUUAUCUUUAAGGAAGAACAAAAAAAAAAAAGAAAUAUUAGUUUAAAAAAAGAGAGGCUGGCCUCGUUUUAUCUGAAACACGUGAAAAGGACACUUACGGAUGCCUGUGCGCAAGGACUAUAACAAAAAAAAAAAAUCACACUAAAGCUUCAUUUCUUCUAACGUGCCAUCACGUGAGCUCGGUGUCGAGGUGUGUCGUGACGUCAACGCCUUCACGUGAAGUCAAUGCCCAGUAUCACAUGGUGAACUUGGACACUUUGUGCGCUCACCUGACCGGUUCUUUGGGGUUCUCGAGCCAGUGGACGUUUGGGAAAACUUAAAAAAAAAAAAGCUAUCACACAUUUUAAACACAUUUUACUUAUUAUUAUUAUUAUUAUUAUUAUUAUUAUUAUUAUUAUUAUUAUUAUUAUUAUUAUUAUUAUUGAGUGUACGGUGAAUUUAAUCACAUAUCAGGUCUUGAUUCAAUUCAGAGUGUCCACUUAUUUGCAGCUUAUAUGGAGGUCUAAGUAUUAAUGUACAGAAUCAGAUCUUUAACUGAGCGCAUUCAAAGUGAUCGAUGCGGUACGGGAACAUGUACAAUAUGUCAAAAUGGAAAGAUAUUUUGUUUAUUUUGUGCUUUAAGAAGACAUUGUGAAGACAUUGGGAACACCUUUGGGCUGGUUUUUUAUUUGCAUUCACACCGUGUUAAAGUCAUGUGGAUCUCUAUGUAAUGUUGGUGUUUUUUUUUGUUGUUGUUUUUUUUUUUAUAAAGUGAACGUACCUCGACUGCAGGCUCGGAUCUCCCGGAAUAUCCCUGAAAUAACUUUUUAACCUUUUUUUUAAACGAACGAACAAACAAAAAAAAUAUAUAAUUUCUUCAUUACUGUGAAACGUGAACUCACCUGACCACAGUGUUUUCAAUUCAUAAUAAAUUCACAAAACUUUUGUACAA